GGGCCCCAACCCCGGCCGCCUCCCUCCUCCCGGCGCUCAGAGCCGCUCCAGCACCGCCGAAAUGCGAGCGGGCGCCGAGGGGCGAUGGAGGCGGCGGGUGGCGCGGACACUGCUGCUGCUGCCGCUGCUGCUGCUGCUGGCGGCCUGGCAGCCGCCGCCGCGGGGAGCGCGGGCCCAGCGCCCGGCCGCGGACGCAGAAAACAGGACGAACUGUGUCCUCUCCUCUUCAUCGGAGUUUCCUGAGGGGUUUUUUACACCACAGGAGAGAAAGGAUGGAGGAAUCGUUAUCUAUUUCAUAAUUAUACUUUACAUGUUUUUGGCCGUGUCCAUUGUGUGCGAUGAUUACUUCCUGCCUUCCCUAGAGAUCAUUAGUGAAUGCCUUGGCCUCUCUCAGGAUGUUGCUGGAGCAACUUUUAUGGCUGCUGGAAGCUCAGCUCCAGAGCUUGUCACUGCUUUUCUAGGAGUCUUCGUGACAAAGGGAGAUAUUGGCAUUAGCACCAUCCUCGGAUCAGCAAUCUAUAAUCUUCUUGGGAUUUGUGCAGCUUGUGGGCUGCUUUCUAGCGUGGUUUCGAGGCUAUCCUGUUGGCCGCUGUUUAGAGACUGCCUGGCAUAUACAAUUAGUGUAGCGGCGGUCCUUGCGAUGAUAUCUGACAGCAGAAUUUACUGGUAUGAAAGUGCUUCCUUAUUAUUAAUAUAUGGGUGUUAUAUUCUGGUACUGUGUUUUGACAUUAAAAUCAACCAAUGCCUCAUGAAAAGGUUCAGUCCCUGCUGUUCGUGUUUUACAAAAGCUAUGGAAGAGAAUGCUGAGCAGCAGCCAUUGGCUGGAUGGAGGGAAGAGAGUGGACCUCUAAUUCGUCAGCAGUCAAGAACAGAUAGUGGUAUUUUUCAAGAUGAGAUGGACUAUUCUCAACUUUCAACAAGCUUGCAUGGGCUUGAUGAAAUCUCUGAAGAUCAUCCAAGUGUCUUCACCAUGCCUGAAGCAGAUAUGAAGAGAAUUUUGUGGGUGUUAUCUCUUCCUAUUAUUACACUACUCUAUUUGACUACACCAGAUUGCAGAAAACGGUUUUGGAGGAACUGGUUCAUGGUGACAUUUUUAAUGUCAGCAGCAUGGAUUUCUGCAAUAACUUACGUUCUUGUAUGGAUGAUAACGAUAGCAGGUGAAACACUGGGAAUUCCAGAGUCAGUAAUGGGUCUCACAUUACUUGCAGCAGGAACAAGCUUACCAGAUACAGUUGCAAGUGUGCUGGUGGCUCGAAAAGGAAAUGGAGAUAUGGCUAUGUCUAACAUUGUAGGAUCCAACGUAUUUGAUAUGCUCUGUUUGGGAAUACCCUGGUUUAUAAAAACUGCCUUCAUAAAUACAUCAGGACCCAUAGAAGUGAACAGCAGUGGUUUGACAUACACAGCCAUUUCUCUCAUCUGUUCAGUUGUUUUUAUUUUUCUGGCAAUUCACCUGAAUGGCUGGAAAAUAGAUAAAAAAUUGGGAGCAAUUUGUCUUGUACUGUACUUAGUAUUUACCGUAUUAUCAAUUUUAUAUGAACUUGGCAUCAUAGGGAACAAUCCUACAAGGGUCUGUGGUAACUAGUUUUAAUCAGUGAUUAUACUGAUGAAAAAAUAAAAGCAGAAGAGAAAGAUCAGUUUCUUCAUUUAGUCAAAUUAAAAAAAAAAAUCCAAAACUCCCAUUGGGCUCUAAAUCUUAUUUACAGAACUAAGUCAUGGCAUUAAAGUAAUAUUAAGUAGAACAGAAACAUCACAGCCUAAUUGGAGCCCUU